UUUCAGAUGUCUGAGGGCAGCGGAGACCAAUCACAACAACGACCAUGGGCAAGUCCGCGACAGCAACCAAUCAAAGGAAUCGUACAGCCACGAGUACUUCCACCAUUCGGAAAGCCAACACGACACACAAACAAACUGGACUACAUUAUGACAACAGUACUCAAAGAGGCUGGAAAACAUAAACAUGUCUGGCCGUUUCAGAAGCCCGUCGAUGCGGUUGCUUUAUGUAUUCCUCUAUAUCACGAGAGAGUCGCCCGACCAAUGGACUUGAAAACAAUCGAGAAUAGACUGAAAAGUACUUAUUACACAUGUGCUCAAGAAUGCAUUGAUGAUAUCGAAACAGUUUUCCAAAACUGCUACACAUUCAAUGGGAAAGAGGACGACGUGACAAUUAUGGCCCAAAAUGUGCACGAAGUGAUAAAAAAGUCACUGGAACAAGCACCUCGCGAAGAGCAUGAUAUGGAUGUUUAUUGGGGAAAAAAUAAGAAAAAACCGGCAAAAAGUGACGGUGGAUCGAAAUCUUCGUCGAGCAAGAAGAAUGAUGCUCGUGGACCAUCUGAAGCACCGUCAGAGGCUGGAAGUGAAGUUUCGUCUGUAACAACAGCAUCAGCAGCAGCCCCGACGGUUUCUGAGUCUGCGAGUGUUGCCGCGAAGCCAGAACGAAAAGUGGCCGGAAAGAAGACGGGAAAACGAAAAGCCGAAUCAGAAGAUGACGAGAAGCCGGAACCUUUGAGAGCAAAACGAGAGGUGGCUGUUGUCAAAAAAGAAGUUCAUCAGCCAUUGCUCCCAAGUAUGAAGCCCUGUCUGAAGCUGCUCAAUGAUUUUUCUACAAAAAAAUAUCAGGAAUUUGCUUGGCCAUUCAACGAACCAGUAGACGCUGAACAACUGGGACUCCAUGAUUAUCAUAAAAUUAUCAAAGAACCAAUGGAUCUGAAAUCAAUGAAAGCAAAAAUGGAAAGUGGAGCAUACAAGGAACCUUCAGAUUUCGAGCAUGAUGUUCGUUUAAUGCUCAGGAAUUGUUUUCUUUAUAAUCCAGUCGGUGAUCCGGUUCACAGUUUUGGUCUUAGGUUUCAAGAAGUUUUUGAUAGACGAUGGGCUGAACUAGGUGAUUCGAGUUCUCGUGCUUCAUCAGUUGCACCUCAAUCAGCUCCGAUUGCUCCAACUCCGAAAGUAGCAAAAUCAAGUGCUCCAAAAGAACCGAAAGAGUCUCGAAAAGAGCAUAAAAAGGAGACGACUUUUGAAGCAAGCGGUGCAAAAUCGGAGGAUUUAAUGCAGAUAAACAACGCGUUGAGCAUGAUUCGAGAACGUGAGGAAAAGCUUAAAGCAGAGCUCGCCGCUGCACAAGCGAUAAAGGAUAAACUGACGAGUGUGAAGAAUCGACGAGAAGAUAAUCCGAAUGAGCCAUUUCCGGAGAAGCUUAUCAAUGAGACAAGAGCCUUGUGCACGACGCAAGUUGGACAAAAUGCUUCAAGUUCUUCAGCUUCUUCUGCUGCUUUGAGGAACGGACGAAGCAAAAAAGCAGCAUCCGCACGUCUCUAUGGUUACGAAUUUGAUUCGGAUGAUGAGGAUAAUAAGAUGGCACUGACUUAUGAGGAAAAACGAAACUUGAGCAAUCUGAUUAAUAAUUUACCCAACAAUCAACUCAACACCAUAAUUUCGAUUAUUCAACGGAGAGAACGAAGCGCUCUGAUGCAACAACAACUCGAUGACAGUGAGGUUGAACUGGAUUUCGAAUCACUUGGAGAUAUGUGCCUGAGAGAAAUGGGUGCAUUUAUCAAAACAAUUCCAACAUUAAACGGAAAUGGCGAUGAUGAGAAGCCGAAAACGUCUUCGAAUCCGACAUCUUCUGGAGCAACAGGAUCAAAGGGUUCGUCGUCGUUGGAGAGCAAAAAUGGAAAGAAAACUUCAGAGAAAAACUUCAAUAUGUCCGAAUCCUCGGAUGAUGAGACGUCGAAUAGUCGAAAACGUCGAAAGAGAGAGAGCAGUGAAUCACAGAGCUCUUCGUCCAGUGAUGAUGAUUCAGAUGAUGAGGAUAGGCCGAUUUCAGGUAUUCCCCGUAAAUCAGGUCAACCACCAUCAACAUCACGUGAAUGGAAUCAAUCAUCAGCUCCUCCACCACGAAUGGGAGGAAUGGGAGGACAACCACCAAUGUCACGAGUACCUGCAUCAUCAUCCACAUCUGUAUCAGCAAUCGGAAAGAACAACGCAGCCGCCUCGUCGAAUUCAUAUCAAGCUCCAAAACCUGCACCAGUACCAGCACCAACAUCAUCAAGACCUCCGGCAGCACCGAGACCACCGUCAAAACCAAAGAAAACGGGUGGAGCGAGUAUUCUUGAUACUCUACUUCCAGAUACAUUUGGAGCAUCACCUCCCCAGUUUUUCCAGUCGCAACCAACAACGUCGGCUACGAUUAGAUCACCAACGGAAAGCCAACCCGGGAAUGGUGAAGACGAGCAGACCAGGAUUCAGAGGAUGCGGAUGGAGGCAAAGCGAGCCCGCCAAAAAGAAGACGAAGGCAGUGUCUCGUUGUCAAACCAAAUGGAAAUGAUGGCUGCAUUUGAAUUUGAUAAUACAUAUUAAUAAUAUUUCAGCCCCGGUUUUCUUGUUUCCUAUUUUAUUCUGUUCACUUUUUUGUUUAUUUGUUUUUUCUCUUUUAUUUUCUCUCGUUAAAAAUCUCAAUCAAUCCUCAGUAAUAAGAGCCCAAUUGACCCAAAAUGCUCAAAUGCCGAUAUAUAUAUAUAUAUAUAUAUAUAUAUAUAUAUAUAUAUUUCUUUGAAAGACCAACACAAUUAUCAUGUUUAUUUUUUAUUUUUUUUAAAGAUUACUUUCAUGUCAUUCUUUCCCUUGAUUUUUACCCAUCCAUUUCCCACAUCACUCUCUCUCUCUCUGUUUUAAAUGCUUUAACUGGAAUCACUGAAAUUCGAAUUGAACUCAAAUCAAAAUUAUACGAUUAAGUGGGGUGCCUUCCGUAUUUUUAACUUUUUUUUCGGAGUAAAAGAUUUUAUGACUU